CAAGACAUUUACGUGACAACACGUCGAAAAUGGCUGAUACGGCCCCUACUAAAAGUGAUAUUGAAGCAAUAUUUCAAAGAUUACGUAGUAUUCCGGCCAAUAAAGUAUGUUUCGACUGCAACGCCAAGAACCCUACGUGGUCAUCGGUGACGUACGGAGUGUUCAUAUGCCUGGACUGCUCAGCUGUGCACCGCAGCCUCGGCGUACACCUCACAUUCGUGCGUUCUACACAAUUGGACACAAACUGGACAUGGAAGCAACUAAGGAAUAUGCAGUUGGGCGGGAACGUCAAUGCAACACAAUUUUUCCGCACACACGGUCUAGUGACGGAUGACGCUCGACAGAAGUACAAUUCUCGUAUAGCACAGAUGUACCGUGACAAAUUGAGUGCUGCCUCCGAACAGGCGAUGAAGACAUAUGGAACUAGAUUGCAUUUGGAUCCAGCACCAACAGAAGUCAAGGAGAAUAAGCCUGAGGUAGACUGGUUUGCAGAGCAUGGAGAUACGGGUGACACUAAUACUAACGAGCUUGUCUCACCUGCACAGAUAUCAGCACCCAAGCAGGAGCCCCUGAGCUCGGAGGCUCGUCUGUGGGACUCAGGUGUCAGCAGUGGCGGCGAUGCACCGCGGCCGUCUUCCAUCGGAGCGAGGAAACCUGCCGCUAAACGUAGUGGUAUUGGCGCCCGAAAGGGCGGUUUAGGCGCAACCAAGGUGGCUGCCAACUUCGAAGACAUAGAACGCGAAGCUAUUAUGGCGGAGAAACUGAAAAUGGAGGCGGCGGCGGGCGGCGGCGGCGGCGGCGGCGGCGGCGGCGGCGGCGCGACGCUGGAGAGCGUGGAGCAGGAGGUGGCGGCGCUGCGGCUGGCGCGCGGGGCGCCGCCCGCCGCGGCCGAGCGGCUCGGCAUCGCCGGCGCCACCAGAGUUACUCGCGCGGGCGUGUCGCACUCGGCCACGUCGGAUAUGACGAGCAUCCAGCAGGAAGGCGCGCCGCCGCCGCCGCGCGACCACCUCGACGACAUCGACGACUUCAACUCCGUCUUCACCAUGAUCAGAAAUGAACCAUACAGCAGCAGUAGAGGACUGGACUCGAUGUUGGGUGACAGUAGCCGCAAGAAUCUGAGCUCGUCGUGGGAGAACAUCGAGCCGGAGCCGCAGCGCACGGUGCAUACCAUGUUCUCGCCGGACAAGCCCGCGGCCGCCGCCGCCCCGGCGCCGGCCCGGUCGCGGCCGCGGCGGCCGGAGCCCGUGGAGGACGAGUCGGCCGUGAAGAAGUUCGGCUCGGCGAAGGCGAUCAGCUCGGCGCAGUUCUUCGGCGAGCAGGAGUCGCGGUGGGAGCGCGACUCGAACCUGUCGCGGUUCCAGGGCAGCACCAGCAUCUCGUCGGCCGACUACUUCGGCGACCGGCCGCAGCGGCCGCCCGCCUCCUUUACGGUCUCCGCACCCGAUCUGGACGAGGUGCGCGAGUCGGUCCGCGCGGGCGUGUCGCGGGUGGCGGGGCGCCUGUCGUCGCUGGCCAACGGCGUCGUGUCCUCGCUGCAGGAGCGCUACGGCUACUGAUGCACCGCGCCCGGACACCUGCCUGCCUGUAUACAUACAACAUCCAGCCUCCAGAAUGGGUCAAGUUUUUGUCGUUUUUUAUCAAUGUUCUAUACGAGGUUUGUCCGGAAAGUACGUAUAAAAGUUUUUUAAAAAUUUUAUUUUACAAUUAUUCAGGUAAAUCAAUUUUAUCCCCUUCAAAGUACUCCCCCUGUGACAUAAUGCACUUGUGCCAACGCCGUUUCCACUGUGAGAAGGCUCCUUGAAAGUCCUCUGGUUGUAGGUUUCUCAGCUGCCCCGUCGUAGCUUUUUUUAUCUCAUUUAUGUCCCCCAAAUGCCGCCCCCGAAGUACCAAUUUGGUUUUUGGGAACAAGAAGAAGUCACACGGGGCCAAAUCCGGCGAAUAGGGGGGUGUUCGGUCACCGUAAUGGAAUUUUUACUCAAAAACUCACGGAACGAUCUUGGCGCAAAUUUUUUUCAUUUGAAGUUCGUUUCUUAGAAUUUCGUGGACCACGGUUUUGCCCAAAUUAAGCUCUUCAGCCACCUGUCUGACCGUUAAACGACGGUCCCCAUUAACACAAGUUCGAAUUCUUUCCACGUUUUCGUCGGAAUGUGAAGUGGAAGGACGUCCUGAACGUGGGUCAUCUUGAACGCUUUCUCGGCCCUCUCUGAAUCUUUUUAGCCACUUGUGGACGGUUGGUUCCUUCACAGCAUCAUCCCCAUAAACUGUUCUGAGAUCGGCAAAAAUUUCACGGCCAUUCUUGCCGAGUUUCGAGAGAAACUUGAUUACGACGCGCUGCUCUUCAACGGAAGCGGGCUCCAUGCCGACGGGGUUUCGUUAAGAGGUAACUUCACAGAUGGCGUGACAAGCCAGUUCGCACCGCACGGCGGUCAGACCAGAACUGAAGCAUUGUUAGGGACAUAAGGAAGGGGUCCUGCGCUUACCUGGCCUCCCCACUCCUCUUUCUCGCAUUCCAGAACACUUUUAUACGAACUUUCCGGACAGACCUCGUAUACUUACGCAUAAAAUCUAUCUUGACAUAUUAUUUAAUAAAUAAAAUAAAAGUUUACGCAUUAAAAAGAUGCAGAAAUUAUAAGGCAAAAUAAAUAUACAAGUUAUAAAGGAAUCACUUAUUUAUCACGCAAAAUUGUAUGAAAUAGUUGACCCGUUUUUUUCGAAGCAUUUCUAUGGAGACACUACCUAUAUAGUGUAAGUCUAUACAAUACACUAGUUAUUUAUAUUAACGUUUAGUAUCGGUAUAUGUAAUUUAUAAUUGAAUACUAUGUUUUGGACUCUUCCAUGUAGAUACUUUUUACCAUAUUCUACCCGGAGUACGUGCUGUAUGAUAGCUACAGUAGUUCUUCAGGGAGACUUCAGGUUCUGUAAUUAUAAGCUACGCGUGAGCUCAGGGCCAGCGUAAUCUUUGUUGUAAUCGAGCCAGUAUACUGAAUGUGAUGUGUGGAACUACAUCUUGAAAUAGUUUUGUUACUCGAAUAUGUUCUGAUUAUACCCUCAUGAUAGAUUGUUGCCUCAGAGUAGACUGUGUAAUCCCAACAUACCAAGCUAUCUUUUCCCUUUCCAAUGAUGUAGUAGCAGGUGCCUAGAGGAACUUGAAAAGUCAAGAAAUAGGCUACUGCCUACUGUUUUUGUGGUGUUUUAAAAGGAAUACUACUGUAUUCCUUUUAAAACACCACAAAUGCCUAGCUAUAGUUGCUAACGCGCCUGCCAAACAUAGCAACCACUAGCAAACCUUAUAAGUGAGGCCUAUUUUCAGCAAUGGACUGUUAACAGCUGACAUGAAUUAAUGAAUAAGGCAGAGAAAUCAAGAUUUGCAUGCAACCAACAUGUGGUGGUAUAUUACUUGUAUCAGACUGUAUCUGUCUGUAGCAGGCACAGUGUUGCAACUAGAAUAUGCAUUGUACACGUUGCUACAUAUUAUGGCGUGUCUGCAGGGAUUAUAAUAAUAAUAAAAAAAAAACCAGUAGCAUUUUACAAGUCUCAACUGAAACGUGUCGUUUAGCCGUUUGUAGUACCAAACAGACCAUACACCAUGGCCUGAUUUUAGUGUAAUUGGCCACAACAAAAUCUAUUGUAGCUCUGUGUCAACAAAUCAUGCCAGUAUCUAUACUCAUGUACUGACUUAGUACUAACUGUACAGUAUGUUAUGGAUCCACACUAUGAAUAGUAUUAAAUUAAUCAAAAUACAAUGUAUCAAUUAAUAUAAAAGUAAAUAACUAUGUAUAUAUAACCAGCAUCGCAAUACCUGUUAGCACAUAGUCGGGCUCGAGUGUCACCCGAUCUAUCAGUGAAUGAUACUCACUGCUCAAGUAUACUGUCACCACGUUGAGCAGGCGGCUUGGUGUAGGGUUUCAACAUGACAUAAUCAAAGAAACCAUUUCACCUCGAUAUUAUGUAAACUUCAUGAAGAAAACAUGCAAGUGUCCGCUCCUUUUUCGGUGUAAGGUUUUAUUUCUAGUUUUCUUUCUCCUUCACUGGUGCAUUGUACUUUGUUGUUGUGGACUGUUCUGACGACACUCGAAGAUAAGUGGUGAGAUUGUGUUUUUACUGUGUUACCCUGUGGAAAAUUAUAGAAUAGUUGGGACCAAUUAUGAGUAACAUCCCGAACUUUUGUAUCAUGGAGUUCUUUUUGUUUCGCUGUAAUUAUUUUUAUUCGAAUUGUAACGAACGCUUCACAUAUGGAAUCCUCAUGAUUGGGCCCCAGCUCAGUAUAUAUGUUAUUAUUAAUAACAUCGAUAAUACGUAAUUGACGAGCAGUGGUCUUUGUAAAAUUAUCAAUACUUGACUGAUGUACUACCGCUACAUCACUGUCGCUGCUAAUCAAGCAAACGCCACCAACGAUUGCCGAUUGUUCUGCUAACACAGAACGACACACGAAUUAGUCUAACAAAACUGUAAAUAUUGUAAUAUGUAGUUUGUUUGGAAGAGAUUGCUUAGCGAUAAGGCAGCCUUUUGUAUCACUACGCAUUAAAAUUUUACUGUAUUUUUUCUUUUUGUAACUGGUGCAAUCAAGUGUAAAAUAAAUAAUUAAAUAUACAUACUUGUUUCAAAAUAGGGUAAAUUUAUUGGAACAAGUAGGAUUAUUCUUGAAACAUCUCCCUACUUAUUUAGGCUGUACGAUUUGGCUUCAACGGAUCCAUUCCAUUGUAUUUCGACUUGUUUUUCCAAAAACUAUGUUUCAUAAGGAGAAAUAAAACAUGGUUAUUACGAUAUCGAAGUUUCUUCAAAGCCCUAGUUUUGUUUUACAAAUUACUAAGUUUUAUGUUAGUUAAGAUAGUUUACAGCAUUUAAUUUUUAUAAAUGAUUUAUUUAUUUGUGUAGAAUCGUAUAUUUUUUGUAGUGGUUGCGGCGCGGCGGCGCGGCGGCACUGCACACGAUGGACUGUAGACAUAAAUUUGUUGUAUUCGUGAGCGCGCCGCAUGCCUCAUGUCUGAUGCUUGACAAUUGUAAUAGGUUAAGUAGGUGGAGUUGAUUAGUCGCCGGGACGCAGCAGAGGUUGCCUGCCUCCAGCCUGCAGUCGUAGCGGUGACGUUGUUGUGACGGCCGCGGUGUCGGCGGGGCGGCUCGGCCGCGCCCUCCGUUAUGAUCAAAUAAUGAUCGGCUGAAAUUCUAUUAGGAUCGAUUUUUGAUGAAUAUUUCCACUCUUUAUAUAUAGUUCAGUAUCACUGUUGAUAACAGUUCAGUGUAUGAGGUGUGUCACGAUCAAAACUCUUAACCGGGGCAAAAGUAUAGACAUUUUUAGAUUUUUUUUUAUUUGCUUAAAUUGUGCUCUUUCCGUUCAUAAACUUUUCAAGUAUCUACCGACAUCUGAUUAAGUCGAGAUGCAUACAAUGUAAACAGUGACAAUGACCUGUCACAAUUAACUAAUCAUGGGCCUGAACGGUCAUCAAUAAUAAAAUGUAUAAAAAGCUUUUAUUUUAAAUGGUUUAAACUUAUUGUUAAAUGCAAAUAACAGUAAAAUGUUUCCUUAGUAUUUUUGCAGUCGGUCAAAAGCUUUUUUUUUUUCAUAUAAUAAUACUUUGCCUUAACCGGUCGAGAGUCUUGACUGCCACAUAUACACAUAUAUAUGUAAUUAUUAAAGAUAUACUAGACCGGGCGGCGCGACUGAGCGCGGACCACAAUAGGAUCUUGUUUAAUUCAAUAUUAAAGUAUUUUGUAAUAUUAUAUAAUUUUAUGACUUUUUCAAAACAACUGUGCGAAAUCGCGUCGCGCGUUGAGUUUGUAUAGACAAAUUGUUUUGAUUAGAUAUUAAUUAUUGAUAUAAAUAUAUAAAAUUAUAUUUGC